GAGAGGGUGACGGCUGUCAGUAUGUCAAAGAAAUCGGAAGAGUGAACACGUGAAUUAUGUGAAGUUAAUUCUGGAUAUUAAUAAAAGAUUGAUUUGUUCAAAGUAAUUUAGCAGUUUAAUUUUGUUGUUCAACAUAAGGUCCUUCGAGACCCAACCUAACAAAAAAAAAUGUUUAAGUCCACUCCAAAAACGCAGAAAAAACGCAAGAAUGCAGAGCGUCUUCGCUCAAUCGAAGAAGCCAAAAAACGCAAAAUGGCGGAAUUAGAGAACCUCGAAAAGCUCAAGGAAAAACUUGAGGCGUCUGAUGAUGAAACUGAGGAUGAAGUAAAUGAAUUAAACGAGGAAUAUGAGAUCUCAGAGGGAAGACAAGAUUCUGCAAUCCACGAAGAGAAUGAGCUAUCGAUGCAUAUUGCAAACAUGUCCACAACUAUUGCCAAUCAAGAGAAGCAAGUCAGCAAAUUCAUCGCACGUCAGGCUGUGGCCAAAGAAUUGCCAGAUUUUAAUGGUGACCCUGAGGAAUGGCCAUUAUUUUAUGCAAUGUUUCAACAAAGUUCCAAGGACGGCGAUUUCACAGCUAUUGAAAACACCAUGAGAUUGGCAAAAGCACUAAAAGGGGAUGCACGGGAUAGAGUAAAAACUCUCAUUGCUACUGCAGCAGCACCGGAAGACAUCAUAAACGUGUUGCAGUCGCAUUUCGGACAUCCAAGACAAGUGAUAAAUCGAAUGAUGACUCGCAUAGCUUCAACACCUGACCCAAAAGAUGGUGAUCCAGAGAGUAUUGUUAAAUUUGCAACCGUUGUAGAAAACUUGUCGUUUGGUUUGAAAUGGCUGGACAAAGGACGUUAUAUGGACUCUCCAUGGGUGACAAACGAUAUUGAGAGAAAACUGUCUCCAACAAUGAGGAUGCUUUGGGCAAUGAAAGCCAAAGAAAUUCCAAAUUACUCUGUGACGGAUCUUGCAACUUGGCUGAAUGACCAAUCGAAAAUUUCUUUGAAUAUUUUGCCGAUGACGUCACUCUCGACUCAAUCAUCAACUGGAGAAAGGCAGGAGACAAACGCACAAACACGAACACCAAAAAUACACAGUUCAGCGGUUAUGACGACCCAAAUUGCAAAGAACAGCUACAAAUGUGCAGUGUGUGAAGAAGGCCAUUAUACCAAUGAAUGUCCAAAAUUGAAGGAUUCCAGUGUGAACGAUCGUUACAAUCUCGUAAAGGAUCUCUGUUGGGGAUGUUUGGGCCGAAACCAUCGCUUGAAUACCUGUGUUCGCCGCCGCACUUGUGGAUUAGAAGGAUGUAAGCGAAUGCAUCAUCGUUUGCUGCACAGGACAGACAAAUCCGCAAAAGUCGAAGAUGAGCAGAAAGAAAACGACGAUAAGACAGAUCCCUGUGGAUGUGACCGAUCCAUCAGGACGAAAACUACUCACAAUGGAAGGGUUAUUUUCAAAAAUUUCCAGUGAGUCUUGGAAAACUAUCUCCAUGGGAGAAUUUCAAUUAAUUGUGUGUUUAUCAUAGGUGAGGCCGAAGAGUCUUGCAGUUCAAAGUGUACGCUUACGGGGGGAGAUGAUGCCUUUUUCGGUAAGCGUAAAAAAAAAAAAAAGAAAAAAGAAAUUAAACACACAAUUUUUGAAAUUGUAAAACUGGUCUUAUUUAAGGUAUACCGAUUAUUAUUAGCCAAACCAAGGUACGACGACUGAGAUCGUCAGUUCGCAUGGAAAAACAAGUGGUGAGUAAUCGGUUAUACGGGUGAUACGAAAUCUAGAGUGUUAGUAGAUAAGGUUUUAAAACGUAUUUUAAAUGUAUUAGGUGUGUCCUUGUUUGGAGCAUCUAAUUACGGGAAAAGAAACAAUGUUUGAUGGAAAGAAUCGAAAGAAUGAAAAUACUCAAAUGUCUUCUGAGUCAUGUGCCAAAGUCCAAAAUUAUGUUAAGAAAAUUUCUUCAGUAGAAUUUCAGUCCAAAGGAAGACCCCCAGCAUUUUCUGGUGCGUCUUAAUGCCAAUCAACAGUAAUGUUGAGGGCAUUACCAGUAGAGAUUGCUGCUCCUGAUAAGAGUAACAUUGUUCGAAUUCUGGCUUUACUGGAUUCUGCUUCAUCAGUUAGUCUAAUUGAUAGUGCUUUAAUUCGUCGACUGGGCGUAUUUGGUACUCAGGCCUCCAUGGAACUGAUGUGGUUGGAUGGUUCAGGUAAAGAAAUUCACAGCACAACGAAGGUAACACUUGCAAUACGAGGAGUCUUUCCGGAUGCAAAGUGGUAUGAGUUGCGAAAUAUACGAACCAUGUCCAAUUUGAUCUUGCCAGAGGUGCGUGUGGAUAAAGAGAAAUUGAUUAA